AUGGCGACGACUUACAGCGACAAAGGAGAGAAGCCUGAAAGAGGCCGAUUCCUCCACUUUCACUCUGUGACCUUCUGGGUUGGCAAUGCCAAGCAGGCUGCAUCGUAUUACUGCAGUAAGCUGGGCUUUGAGCCCCUAGCCUACAAGGGCCUGGAGACCGGUUCCCGGGAAGUGGUGAGCCAUGUGGUCAAGCAAGGGCAGAUCGUGUUCGUCUUCUCCUCUGCCCUCAACCCCUGGAACAAAGAGAUGGGCGAUCACCUGGUGAAACAUGGCGACGGAGUGAAAGACAUUGCGUUCGAGGUGGAGGAUUGUGACUACAUUGUGCAGAAAGCCCGGGAACGAGGCGCCAAGAUUGUGCGGGAGCCCUGGGUAGAGCAAGAUAAGCUUGGGAAGGUGAAGUUUGCUGUGCUACAGACGUAUGGGGACACGACACACACUCUGGUGGAGAAGAUGAACUAUACUGGCCAGUUCCUGCCUGGAUUCGAGGCACCAGCAUUCAUGGACCCCCAACUUUCCAAGCUGCCCAACUGCAGUCUCGAGAUAAUCGAUCACAUUGUGGGAAACCAGCCUGAUCAAGAGAUGGUGUCUGCCUCUGAAUGGUACCUGAAGAACUUGCAGUUCCACCGUUUCUGGUCCGUGGACGACACGCAGGUGCACACGGAGUACAGCUCUCUGCGGUCCAUCGUGGUGGCCAAUUAUGAGGAAUCCAUCAAGAUGCCCAUUAAUGAGCCAGCACCAGGCAAGAAGAAGUCCCAGAUCCAGGAAUAUGUGGACUAUAACGGGGGCGCUGGGGUCCAGCACAUUGCUCUCAAGACCAAAGACAUCAUCACAGCAAUUCGCCACUUGAGAGAGAGAGGCGUGGAGUUUUUGGCUGUUCCAUCUACAUACUACAAACAACUGCGGGAGAAGCUCAAGUCGGCCAAGAUCCGGGUGAAAGAGAAUAUUGAUAUACUAGAGGAGCUGAAGAUCCUGGUGGACUACGACGAGAAAGGCUACCUCCUGCAGAUUUUCACCAAACCCAUGCAGGACCGGCCCACGCUCUUCCUGGAAGUCAUUCAGCGCCACAAUCACCAGGGUUUUGGAGCCGGCAACUUCAACUCACUGUUCAAGGCCUUCGAGGAGGAGCAGGACCUGCGAGGCAACCUCACCGACAUGGAGCCCAACGGGAAUGUGUCCAGCAUGUAG